CGUGACAUCACCGCCGCACUCGUCACUUCCGCAAACAGGAUGGCGGAGCGCAGGGCCGGGUUUCUGUUCUGAUCAAUGGACAAGGGGACUAUCCGGUUAGAAAUGGCUGAUUUAACCAAGACAGAAGAACAGGAAGUAGAGAAGAGUGUAGAUGAAGAAGUGGAGAAAACGCCUGGUACUUUAGAGGCAGAUUCAGGUAUUGUUUGUGGAAGCCAUAGUUCAACUUCAGGUACAGUGCACUCCACUGAAAAUGAAAAAGAAGUUGAUAGUGGUAAUCAGGAUGGCAGUGCAAAACGGAAGCCUUUAGAUACUGAAGAUGAACCUCCUAAGAAAAGACAUGAGGUAGGCCAUGGGCAAGCUGUAGCUGCACAUUAUAAUGAACUUCAAGAAGUUGGAUUGGAAAAACGUAGCCAGUCUCGCAUAUUCUACCUCCGAAACUUUAAUAAUUGGACAAAGAGUGUCCUCAUUGGGGAAUUUAUAGACCGGGUCCGACGGAAAAAGAGUGAUAUAACAGUUUUGGAUCUAGGAUGUGGCAAAGGUGGAGACUUACUGAAAUGGAAGAAAGGAAGAAUUAAAAAACUUGUCUGCACUGAUAUUGCUGACAUUUCUGUGCAACAAUGCAAGCAGCGAUAUGAAGACAUGAAGGCCCGAUGUCGUUAUAAUGAACAUAUUUUUGAUGCAGAAUUUAUACAAGCAGAUAGUACCAAGGAUCACUUGUCUACCAAAUACAGUGAUCCAGAUAUGCGCUUUGACAUUUGCAGCUGUCAAUUUGUUUAUCAUUACUCAUUCGAGACAUAUGAGCAGGCUGACAUGAUGCUUAAAAAUGCUUGUGGGAACCUUUCUCCUGGAGGGUAUUUCAUUGGUACAACUCCAAAUAGCUUUGAACUUGUGAAGCGACUUGAAGCUUCAGAAACAAAUUCGUUUGGGAAUGAGGUAUACAAUGUGAAAUUUGAGAAGAAGGGAGACUAUCCCUUGUUUGGCUGCAAGUAUGAUUUCCACUUGGAAGAAGUGGUUGAUGUUCCUGAGUUCUUGGUUUACUUUCCAUUACUGGAAGAAAUGGCGAAGAAGCACGGUAUGAAAUUAGUCUACAAAAUGACAUUUCGGGAAUUCUAUGAAGAAAAAAUCAAGAACGAGGAACAUAAAAUGCUGUUAAGGAGAAUGCAGGCCUUGGAGCCAUAUUCUACAUCUGGUGAUUCCAGGCUUGUUUCUGAUAACCCUGAUGAUUAUGAGCAUGCGAAAGAGUUUAUGGAAGAUAGCAAGGCCAAAUUACCAAUAGGAACCUUGAGUAAAUCUGAAUGGGAAGCAACAAGUAUUUACUUGGUAUUUGCAUUUGAGAAGCAACUGUGAAACUGUAUGUACUGGAUGCAACAAGAAGAAAGAGAUCAUAUCCAUGUGCAAGAUGGAAUGGUCAGAAAUCCAUUGUGGCAACUAUUUUUUUAAUUUUUUUUUUUUAAUUAUCAGAUGUGUGCAGGACACUACCAAAAACUAGAGCAAGCUCAUGUUUCCGAGUUACAUUGCCUGUCUGUGACAGAUGGACUUGUGUGUGUAUAUAUAAGAAAGAUUCUGAACCAGUCUUUUUAAGUAUUUGUAAGCAAUCUGCAUGCUCUCAAAACUUACGGUUGAACUUUACACAAAUUUAUGUUAGAAACAAAUGUUUUGUUAGUAGAAAUAUGUUUGUGAUUAUGAGCCUGACGCUGCACUUUCUGAAGUUGAUGGCAAAAUGACUGUUGACUUUGGUAGUGCAGAAUGAGGGCCUAAAUAUUGUACUGCAGAGCUCAGUAAAUUCCUAAUGAGGUAUAUUCAGACACAAAGGGUAUGUCUGCAUUGCAUGCAGAGCUCAGUGGCAAAAAAUAGCUGAGUCAGUUUGAGUAUUAAUACCUCUGUGCUGUGCUCAAGCCUGCAGUGUAAAUCUACCUUAGUGGUACCCAGGCUGUAGUUUACAUAGUAAAGUCCCAUGAAGUUCUUUCAAGAUUAAAUGAAUUGGUUCUGUACAAAAGUGCUCUGAAAGAAUGGAAUUUGUAAAGUUUUAAAUCUUUAUGUCAUUUUUCCAAAUAUGUCUGUGCGGUGAUCAAUAACUUCUAAACUUAAGAAUACUGAACAUUUUCUAUUGUAUUAAAAACUCUCAUGAGGUUUUGGUAGUUUUAAUGUCUCCUAAAACUUAUUAGACCGAUCUUAGUAUAUGUUUUGAAAUUGUUUCGUAAAAUUCCAAAUGGGCUCGGCGGAAGGAUAAUAAUGAGGACCUCAUUGCAGUCCUUAAGGCAUUAGGAACAUUAGGUCACGUACUGAAUUGUGAACUCACAUGAGUAUUGAUUAUACUAGAAGCUCACUCUGGGAGUGAGGAGUGUGUAUGUGUGUACACACCUUGAUAUAUGUGGAUAACAACACCUAAAUUGGAGCCAAAUACUUUGUUUGGGAAUGUAAUCUAGUGAUAUCAAUAGGCAGAAAUGUGCCUAACUAUCAUCUCAACUGCCUGUCGAUAUCUUAGAGCUGGCGUAGGGAUUUCUGACAUGGUAUGCAUUCUGCUUUCCAUGUACUUACAGCCACCCACUAUUGAUUGGGGAUGGAUACUUCAUGUUGUUUCUCUCUCUUCUUGGGCUAACAGUAGCUGUUUGCUGCUGUUGGCUACUAUAAUUUACAUAGAGAUGAAAUUAUGCAAUGUUGAUGGUAUACGAGCAUUUUGAAGUUAUAAUAAACCUAGGAAAGAAGACUUCCGUUACCGAGUUAAGCGUUCAAGUUAUUUGAGAUUUCCAUUGUGUUGCCUUGCCCUUCUAACUAGGUCAUGUUCUUUCCUCCAUGACUCCUGAUUUAGUUUGUUUAUUGUAUAGAACACCACCUAUAACCUUCACCAAAGCAGUAGAAUCAGUCAGUUCUGCUGCUGAAAUUAAGAAAACAAGACUCUUUCUUGUCUGCUAGAAUUAGUACUCAUGAAACUAGCUGCAAAAUGCUGACACAUUAGAAGCGCUCAAAUGUUUCUUAGAAAUUCGUGUGCGUCAAAGCUAGUUUUGUUAGAUUUCUUGUAUCAAAUUUAAUUUGAAAGUACAUUGUUAUGCUAUUUUUGGAAGAAAUUAGAACAAUAAAAGGAGGGGAAAUAGA